AUGAACAUUCUUUCUUUUUUUCUCCUUCUUCGAGUUUCUCCGAAAAUCUUCUUCUUCCUGUUUUCUUUACUUUUAUUUUUGGCUGUCCUUCAACUAAAAUUGGUGUUAAUGUUCCUUCCAUUCUUAGCAAGAUCCUUUUCCCUAUUUGUUCGCUCUUUCCGACUUUAUUCCUUCUUUUCUCUCCCUUCUCUGUCUUCAUUCAUUUUCCCAUUCUCCACUUCCUUUAAUUUCUAUUUCUUUCUUUCUUUCCUUGAUUUGUUCGCUCUUUCCGUCUUUAUUUCUUCUUUUUCUUCCUCUUCAUUCAUCUUCCCAUUCGCACUUCCUUUAAUUUCUAUUCGUUUCUACCACUUCGUGAUAUCUACGUUUUUUUUCUUUAUUUCUCAUUUACUUUAUUUUGUUGUUUUCUUGUUCCUUUUCGUUCAUUUCUUUUUUUCAUUCAAAUCUUUCUUUAUUGCUUUUUCUCACUCUCUACUUUUUUUCUUUCUGCCCUUUUUCAUGAAUGCGUGUUUUCUCUACUUCUCUCUUACAUUCUACAAUUGUUUUCUUUUCCUUCUCCUUCACCUCAUUUAUUUUUGCAUAUUAUUUUAUUCCCUUUUAUUUUAUCUCUUUCUUUCCUUCCUUCUAAUACUAUCCCCUUCUCCUUCCUCUCUCUUUUCAUUUCCCUCUCAUUUCUCUUUGUUUUCCUCUUUUUUAUCCUAUUCAGAUUCUUUACUUCCUGCCCCCUACCUUUUCAACUCCCUCACUUAUUAUUCUUUGUUUCCCCCAAUCUUUUUUUUAUUUAUUUCACCCCCUGUCCCCUCUACUCUCGUGCCCUUUUGUUCCUACCUUCUAGCCACCAUUGCUUAA